AUGGCGUCAGGAAGAUCGUUGGAAAGAAGCGAAGCACACUACUAUGGUGCUGGGCCAGCCUUGAUGCCCACUGAGGUUUUGCAACAGGCUGCCUACGACAUCAUUAACUAUUGUGGUGAGGGUGUUGGUGUUGGGGAGAUUUCUCAUCGAAGCAAAUUGGCUGACGAUAUUAUCAACAAUACCAAAAAGAACAUAGCUGAUCUAUUGAGUAUUCCAGAUAAUUACGAGGUAUUUUUCAUGCAGGGUGGUGGCACUACUGGCUUUUCAUCAGUAGCAACAAACUUGAGCUCAAACUUCUAUAAGCAAAAUGGCGAUUUGGGCAUAAGAGCAAAGCCAUAUUAUAUUGUAAAUGGCACCUGGAGUUUGAAGUCCUUUGAAGAGGCCAAGAGAUUGGGACUUGAUGCAGAAGUCUACUACAAUGUUAAGCAGUCCAAUGGCAAGUUUGAUGACUAUAAAACUAACAGCAACAAACAAUUGCCAAAAUUGAAUAAAGACCAAGUUUCUUAUCUUUAUUACUGCGACAAUGAAACUGUCAAUGGAAUUGAGUUUCCUGAACCUCCAAAAGUUGAAUCAGGAAUCAACAUUGUUUGUGACAUGUCUUCAAACUUUUUGUCUAAAAAAGUCGAUGUUAGUAAAUAUGGAUUAAUCUUUGCAGGUGCUCAAAAAAACGUUGGACUAGCUGGGCUAACUAUAUACAUCAUAAGAAAAGAUUUGAUCUCACAAUUAAACGAGAAAAUUGACGAGGAAAAAAAAAUAAUGGAUAAAUACCACUUGCCAAUUACUCCAAUCGCAAAUCAUUUUCCUACUGUUAUUAAAAAUAACUCAGCUUACAAUACUAUUCCAAUUUUCACUCUAUACAUAUUAAAAUUGGUAACUGAUAAGCUAAUCGCAGAAGGUGGUCUUGAAAACCAACAAAAACUAAAUAAUUAUAAAAGUGAAAUACUAUAUGGUGUUUUGGAUAAAUAUCCUAAACUAUUUGAUUUGCCAGUCAAUACAGAAGCAAGAAGUAAUAUGAAUGUUGUAUUCAGAAUCAAUGGGGAUGGAUUAGAGAGUAAAUUUAUUGAAGAAGCCAAAAACGAAGGAUUCACUGGUUUGAAGGGCCAUAGAUCAGUUGGUGGUUGUAGAGUUUCAAUUUACAAUGCAAUUUCUAAACAAAGUGUUGAGAAAUUGGUCGCAUUUAUUGAUAAAUUUGCUGCAAGUCAAUAA